CCAGAUCUGAGCCACAGCGCAGCUGCGCCCGGCGCACCUGCGACCAUUCGGAGAGCAUGAGCCGGGCGGGCAGACCACCGGGGUUCCAGUUCUGGCCACCUCGGUGUCCUCCUGCAAACUGGGAUAAUCAGAGCAUUUACCUCAUAGGACUGUUGUGGAGGGAUGGCGCCUUAUCCUUCGGGUGCGUCCGCUGUCCAAGUGACCCGUGAGACUGAGCAGCCAUUCCCGGGCGCUUCUGACGACGAAGUGACCUGCGCCGUGUGCACCCCGCCCAGCCCCACUCUCGUGACGCCGAACUGCUCCGAGACCGAAAGGGGCAGCUGCCGAGGAGUCGCGAGGAAGCUCCGGGCGCGGCGUGGGGGCCGCAGCCGGCCCAAGAGCGAGUUAGCGCUGAGCAAGCAGCGACGGAGCCGGCGCAAGAAGGCCAACGACCGCGAACGCAAUCGGAUGCACAACCUCAACUCCGCGCUGGACGCGCUGCGCGGCGUCCUGCCAACCUUCCCAGAUGACGCGAAGCUCACCAAGAUCGAGACUCUGCGCUUCGCGCACAACUACAUCUGGGCGCUGACGCAGACGCUGCGCAUAGCGGACCACAGCCUCCACGGGUUGGACCCGCCGGCGCUGUCGUGCGGGGACCUUGGCAGCCCGGACGGCGGCUCCCCCGGGGACUGGGGUUCCCUCUACUCCCCGGUCUCCCAGGAGGGCAGCUUGAGCCCCGCAGCCUCGCUGGAGGAGAGGCCGGGGCUGCCGGCACCCGUUUCUCCCGCCUCCCUGCACCCGGUCUCCCUGGCCUUCUCAGGUUUUCUGUGA